AUGGAAGUGAGGAAGGCUCCCUUUGUUCUGACAAAUCAGAAGGUCCAGGAGCAGCUCUCAUUCUCCCUCUUUGCUCCUGCAGGUAAAUACCACCGUCUCCGUAUCGAGGCCAGUGAGCAAACCAUUCGUGUUGACAAAUACGUGCGCCAUGAGAAUUACACCAAGCUGACCUCAGACAACGACAUCGCCAUGCUGCACUUGGCAGAGCCCGUCAUGUAUAACAAGUAUGCCCUGCCCAUCUGCCUUCCCACACGGGACCUGGCAGAGCAUGAGCUGACAACGAAGGGCAGGCAGAUGCUGGUGACCGGUUGGGGCAGCACAAACGAUGAAAUGAGGAAUUACUCUGCUCUCCUCAGCUACAUCGAAAUCCCCAUUGUUCCCAAGAAUGAGUGCGCCCAAGUGAUGACAAACGCCAUCUCUGACAACAUGCUGUGUGCAGGGAGUUUAGGAGACAGGAAGGAUUCCUGCAGCGGGGACAGUGGUGGACCUAUGGCCACUAAAUAUAAGAAUACUUGGUUUUUGGUAGGACUGGUGAGCUGGGGAGAAGGCUGUGGAAAAAAAGAGAAGUUUGGAGUGUACACCAAAGUUAGUCAGUACCUGGAAUGGAUCCAGCACCACAUAAAUAAGAUGUCAGGUUCUUGGAAGGGUUGAUUCUGAUGCUUUGAGCCUGGAAUACUGUGGCUGUGUGCUGUGCUAGUGAUGGUAUGAGGUGUAAUGUACUGUCGCAUCUACAAUAUUAAAUGCUGAGUAUCUGUUAA